CCCAGGCGCUGCAGCCGGCGACACCCGGACGGCGCGCGGGCGGCUGGGCAGACUGGGCGGCCCGGAGGGCACCGGCCCCGGCCCGCGUGUGCGGUUCUCGCUCACCCGCGAACCCCAGGCCGGGUGUCCCCGGUCCCGCCACGCGCACAGCCAUGGUGGGCCGGUUGAGCCUGCAGGAUGUCCCCGAGCUCGUGGACACGAAGAAGAAGGGCGACGGCGUCCUGGACAGCCCGGACUCAGGGCUGCCCCCCAGCCCCAGCCCCAGCCACUGGGGGCUCGCGGCGGCGGCGGGAGGCGGGGGGGAGCGCGCAGCGGUCCCGGGGGCGCUGGAGCCGGACGCGUCGGCAACCCCCGCAGCCCCGAACCCAGCAUCUCUUACCCAUGUGCUGGCUGCUGGCUGCUCACCAAGGCUGUGCCCCCUGUCCUUUGGCGAAGGAGUUGAGUUUGACCCCUUACCACCAAAGGAAAUAAGGUAUACUUCCUCAGUCAAGUAUGACUCAGACCGACACUUCAUUGAUGAUGUGCAGCUGCCCCUGGGCCUGGCAGUGGCUUCCUGCAGCCAGACAGUCACCUGCAUCCCCAAUUGCACUUGGCGCAACUACAAGGCUGAGGUGCACUUCGAGCCCCGCCACAAACCUGCGCGCUUCCUCAGUACCACCAUUGUCUACCCCAAGUACCCCAAGACCAUCUAUACCACCACCCUGGAUUACAACUGCCACAAGAAGCUGAGGAGGUUUCUGUCCAGUGUGGAGCUUGAGGCCACAGAGUUCCUGGGCAGCGAUGGUCUCUCAGAUGAAUGCUGACUCCAGCAAGCUGCUUGGGGUUAGAUCAGUUGUUCCUCCACCUCCCUGGUCCCCAGACCACUCUGGACAAGCUGGGUGAUAUUUCCCUUGCACAUCAUUCCAGCCCCAGGGGAAUCUAACCUGGAGAUACCUCUGAGCUCAGCUAGGGAAAGAAGAAAAAAAGUCACUGCAUCUUAUAAUGAUAGAAAUACUUGGUUUGGUUUCGGAUUUUUGAAAUAGUUUUUCUUUUAAGGAAUAUAUAUAUAUAUACAUAUAUAUAUAUAUAUAUAUAUAUAUAUGUUCUGAUUGAUUGGUGCAGUUUCCCGAAAGUCUCAAUUUGACAAGAAAAAAAAAAAAUUAGCCAGAACAAAAGGCCAUUGAUAACAGUUUGGACAAGGGAGAGGCGGAGGUGAGCUCAUCUGGUGUGUGAAGAAGGUGGAAAAGUCCCUGGAAUAGAAAAAGUGAGUGAAAAAAAAAUUUAGCCACCAAUAUCUUCACUGCUGCAAAAAAAAUGGAGUUAAUUCAGUGGAUUGGGAUAAGCAUAUGUGUUCAGUCUGUGAACUGAGCUCCAUUCCAUUUUUAUUUCCACUUCCAUCUAUCUGUUAAUCCAAACUCUUGGAAUUCUCUAGAUCUUUUUCAUGAUAUUGAAAACAAAAACAACAAAAUAGAACCCAAACCACAAAAGGAGAUGCCUCUUGAAAAGGAAAGUUCUGCCUGUUCUUGCCAUGGGUAGAUGCAUGGCCCAGUCUGGGGCACCAGCUGCCAUGUGGUUCCCCGCAGGUUGGGUCCAAGCGCAGGCUCUGGCACAACCCUUGUAUGCUUGGCAUCUGGUUAGCAUCUCCUUGGGCUUGUGUAAUGCUCCUGAUAGGUAUUUUGAGGUUUCAAAAUACUUCCCCCCCCCUUUUUUUUUUUUUUUCAUAAGGCAAAUGUAGCAGAGGGCUCUUUUUAAGAGAAACAACAUUUUGAAAGAAUGCUUUGGACAAAUGCUGGCUGGGACUGCCUGAAGUAGAUUUCCACUCCAGACCAACCAUUGUGCCUAAGACCAGCUGCCCCUAGGAGGAGGUGGAUUUGGAUGCUUCUGGUGGCUCAGCUCAUCUCAUGAUUAAAUGUCUAGAUGGACUCAUUCUUAGGACUUUGGUAGUAUCAAAAUUAUACUAUUGAAUUGAAUCAAAAAAGCAAGGAAUCUUGCUUAAAUUCCCACAGAUUAAGCUAAAAUGAAUUCAGACUAAGGAGUGAUGUCACAAUUCAAAUUCUACAAUCCUGCCACUUUGGUGAUGGGGACAUUUCUUCUGUGCCAUUGUAUAUAUGGAAGUGACUAUCAUGAAGUGAGGUGUGAACUAAAGGUGUGCCCCAGCCAACUUCAAGAGUCCAGCUGAGCCAGCUUCAGUGACAGGGAUGGAAAUGGACCAACGGGUGCUAUGCACCAGGCUACCCCCCACCCCAUCCCAGGCCCUUGCUUCUUAGAACCUCCUCCCAAGCCCUGUGGUGCUAGAGUAAAGAAAGUGGCAAAUUUUGAUCCCAACAUUGGAAAGUACAAGCUGUACAUAUUCCUUUGACUACAUUCAAAUGAUAUCAAGUUGGUUACAGAGACUCUGCCUUCUGUUGUAUCUCUGGGUUUCUGUGGAUGGCUUCCAUCUGUCCUGAAGGCAGAAUUGAGAGCUCACUGGGUCCAUCUAGAGCUGCGCUGCCUAGUCUGUGCCUUCUGCAGACAACAGUGUCUAGUCUGUUGUGCUUUUAAUGAAUGGGAUACAUCCCCUUGGGUAGAGCGGUUGUAACUUCAUAAUCCCAGUUGGCCAGGGUAUAGCUCAGUAGGGACAUUUUGGGACCUCACAGGCUCCUUAGUUUACACAGAGUAACAGAUGCUACCUGGCUUUUGAACAGCAUUUAUUGACUAAAGUGGAUUUCUCUAUCUGAUUUGAUAGUGUCACUUAGUAGAUGUAAUUUUUAAAUUAGGAGAAUUCCCAAGGCUUUUCUCUGUUCCAAUCAAGGUACUUGUUUGAACUCAGAAUAAUGUGGCCAGAAUGGCAAGAGAGAAUAUGAUUUCUGAACUCACCAGUCUUUUAAAGUCUCCUUAAGAGAUUUUCCUGCCAGGCGUGGUGGUGCACGCCUGUAGUCCCAGCACUUGGGAGGCAGAGGCUGGUGGAUCCCUGUGAGUUCAAGGUCAGCCUGGUCUACAUAGUGAGUUCCAGGACAGC